CACGUGAAGCGUCCCGCUCCGACGCCGAAUGCGAGCUCGUGCCGCCCGGCAACGUCACACUCAACUUAAAAGCAACCCGUCCGGCGUGUCGCACGUCAAAAACUUCCCCGUUUGCCCAACCACACUACGCACAUCUCGUGUUCAAUUCCAACUUCUCCCCACCCAUCUUCGAACGUCGGAUUGCUUCUACCCCGCUGCUUUCCUCACCUCACGAUUCAUCGAUCAUGUCUUGGCAAGCCUACAUCGACACAAGCCUCGUCGGCACCGGCAACCUCGACCGCGCGGCAAUCUUCAAUAGCGAGGGCAACAGCGUGUGGGCCACGUCGCCCGCCUUCACCGUCACGCCGGGCGAGAUGCAGGCCGUCGUGGCGGCGUACAAGGACAAGGGCGACGCGCAGGGCGUGAAGCAGGUGCAGAGCUCCGGCUUGCACAUUGCGGGCGAGCGGUUCGUCGUGCUCAAAGCCGACGAUCGGAGUAUUUAUGGGAAGAAGGGUCGAGAAGGCGUGGUUAUUGUCAAGACUACGCAGGCUCUGCUCGUCACGCACUACCCGGAGCACGUACAGCCUGGCGCGGCGGCGAAUACGGUCGAGCAGCUAGGCGACUACCUCAUCAAAGCGGGAUAUUGA